AUGAUUGUUGCAAGUUUGUGCAGGAUUGUCAUAAAUGUCAGGUUUGGAGUACCAGAAUCUAUCAUUACUGAUAAUAGAGAGAAUCUCAACAGUCACUUCAUGAGAGAGAUAUGUGAACAAUUCAAGAUUACCCACCGAAACUCAAUCGCUUAUCGUCCCCAAAAGAAUGGAGUUGUAAAGGCCGCCAACAAGAUUAUUAAGAAGAUUUUGAGGAAAAUGAUCGACAGUCACAGAGGUUGGCAUGAGAUGUUUCCUUAUGCUUUAUUAGGUUCCAGAACGACUGUCAGAACAUCAAUUGGAGGCUCUUCGUAUUUGUUAUUAUAUGGAACAGAAGCAGUUAUACUUGCUGAGGUCGAAAUACCCUCAGUAAGAAUCAUCCAAGAAGCUGAAUUGACUGAUGCUGAAUGGAGAAUGAUUCGUGGUUUCAACAAGAGAGUAAGAGCCAUAAUAUUUGAAAUUGGUCAGUUGGUUCUCAAACGCAUUUUCCCUCAUCAAGAUGAGUACAAAAGGAAAUUUGCACUAAAUUUGCAAGGACCCUAUAUGGUUCGUAAAGUGGUAUCUAGAGGUGUCUUGGUCCUGUCGGAGAUGGAUGGCACCGAAUGGCCAAAACCAAUCAACUUAGAUGCUGUCAAGAGAUACUAUGUAUGA